CCUGAAACGCAAGAAUGCCACAUCUGUUCGACCAACGCCAGUUGAUCUAAACGCCAGUAGAUCUGGAACACCGGCUCCGUUACAUAUGUGUCUAUUUUAUUUUGGUCCCAAGGGAAAAGCAAUCUAACUUUUAUGAGAAGGAGGGGCAGUGAGGCAGACUUCUCCAGAUUAGGCAGCUUUGGGUGAGCAGAUACUUUCAACGUUUCAACCUUGUUUGUACUCAUCUUUGCUCUUUUCCUGUGUUUCUAGUUAGAGAUGCUGUAUUCCGUCUGUGAAGCUAGUUUAUCUAUGUAUGGAGAAAGCGUCCCGUUAUGAUCCAGCUGUGAUUAAUUACUUGUGUUUGUUUUUCCUUUGAUAUUAUUAGGAUAUUAUUAACUGUUUUGUCUUGUUCGUGAAUAUUGCUGGUGCUCUGUGAGUGUGCGAGGACCCCUCUCAAAUCCUGCCCGUCUGGUGCGCAAUAUCCUCGCUUCUUGUCUUGUUUUUCCACCAUCAUAGAGACUAGCCCUUUUCAUUUCCUUGGGAUGAAAUUCUCAUAUAGGUAGCGCUGUUGCAGCAACAAAUUUUCCUUUCAGAAUACGAGAAAGAAAACUUGGAGGCAGAGAAACAUGAUUGCAGCUGUUCUGCUGCUGUGUGCUGUCGGAGUGCUCUGCUCUGAUGAUGUAAAGACUCCAGUCUGUGUACCCAGUCAUGAGGCAGCAUGUUUGACACCAGCUGAUUAUCUGAAUCCAUCUGGUCCCAUCACCAAAGUGUUAGCAGUGGGUAUGAAACUCAUCAUCUCCCUGGAGGGCCUCUCUGGAUCUCUUGUCUGCCACUGGAUCAGAGGAGAAGACCGAGUAAUGACAGCCAGAAAUGGGAGUCAGUCCAUGGUCACAUCACAGCUUUCUGAGACAGAUUCAGGGGAGUACACUCUGACCUGUAAAGCCAACAAUGUCACCAUGUUCUCCACGACUGUGAUUCUUCAUGUAAUGAAACGUCCAACAAAACCACACCUGAUGCUCGAUGGUGUUGACGUGUCUGAUACUUCUCCCCUUUUUAAGUGCGUCUCUGAGGGUUUCCCCAAACCCACAAUCAAAUGGUCUGGUAACAAGGAUGGACAACAGAGUUUAAAGGGAAGCGACAGAAAGACAGAGCGCACAAUAUCAAGCACUGAAUAUUAUAAUAGAGGAAUGAUGUGCUGUGCAACCAAUGCUGAAGGACAAGAGUGCUCCCAACUGUAUGACUACGACUUACAGAGCAGUGUAAUGAACAAAGAUGAGGUUUCUACUGUCACCCUGAGCGAAGGUCAGUCUCUGCUGCUUCGCUGCAGAGUAAAGGGAUACAGUCUGAGAUCACCUGUGUGGGAGAAAGGAGGAAAACAGCUCAAUGCCAGGACACUGUCACGUAAACCAGAGAAGGAGGAGGAGAUGUGCAUUAAAAAUGACUCACAUUUCGGUGUUCAGAUGGCCUACCUGUCCAUCAGAUCAGUGAGAGAGGAGCACAGCGGCACAUACACCUGCACGAGUGCAAAUAAAAACUCAAAGUCUGUUCAUGUUCAUGUCUCAGAUGAAGGUUUCCUCUCUGCACAGCUGGAUGAGACCAAGAUCAUAUCAGCUCAGGAGGCAUCCAGCACCUGCUUGCAGGCCACUGUUUCCUACCAUCCUGUUCUCCAGUACUGUUCCUGGGAGACUCCUGACAAAAACAGGACUAAAUGUGUCAGGGAGACAUGGGUAACACAGCACAGGACUGUGAAGCUUUGUGAUCCACUCAUAUCAGGAGAUUAUAAGUUACACCUGGAGGCUGGAGGACAAAAGGAAACAAAGACCAUAUCAGUGUGUGUUGUAGAUGAACCAAAGUUCAACUUCUUGUUUAAUAAGGAUGAUGGUACCCUCAACCUUGAGACUGUCAGUCCUGUGCCAGCAAACUAUACCUGGAUGUUUCGCUCUGAGUCCAAUGACAGCUGCAGUGAAAGUGACUCAUCCUGGGAUGAGGUCCCAAAUGCAUUUCAAAUAGAUUCUGAUGUUUCCUGCAACAAGACGAUCAAGAGCUUAGUGAGCAAAGACGUGUUAAAAGGAGACCAAUUCAGGUUUUGUCUGACAAACUCAGUUGGCUCCUGGUGCAAAACCCAUUACAUGAUCAUCCCACCUACACCUCAGCCCUCUAUUGGUAAUCCACCUGAGGAGAACUCCUUCCUGCUGACAGUAUGUUUGGUUCUGGUUCUGCAAAACCCAUUACCCAGUAUUCUCUAAAGAUGGUGUACCUACUUAUAACAACAUGAUGGUGCUGAAAGUAGGCAGUUUGCUUCUGCUUCUGGCUUGGCUGUAGUCAAUAAAGAGCUCAUGUACCUCAUCAAAAAUAAAGUAUAUAUUUGGUCUUUU